AUCUCUCCCCAGACGAAUCACCCACAGAAUCACCUCGCCCUCGUACAUACCAAGGAUGUCCGUCUCCCUCCCUCCUGAACUCUGGCUCCGCAUCUUCAGCGAGGCUACAGCAACUCCAGGCCUACUCGACAGUGAUUCGGAGUUCACCUCAGAUCUGCCCAUUGCCUGGGUUCGUCAACAAGAGCGUCGAACGAUCAAAGAUUCUUUACAAACGAAACGAGCCCUGGUACUGGUUUGCAAAGACUGGAACUCACUCGCUAGCGAGUUCCUCUACCAGAGCAUCCUCAUCACCCGCGUCGAUGCCCUUCGCCCGCUACUCAAGAGCCUCAAAGCCUCCGCCAUGCGCUCCUCCACCACAUCCACACCGACCUCCUCGGACCCCGACAGCUCCACUCCGACACAGGAGUCCAACGCCCACUCCGUGCCGCACGGCUUUUGGACCCGCCGACUGGACGUGACGAUCCAAGAGGACCGGUGUGAGGCCGCACACUACGACUUGCUCGCGCAAGUGAUCGGCCAUCUACGGAGCCUCGCCGUCUUCACGCUCGCCGUGCCCAUGCUUCCCUUCAAUGAUGUAUGGAUCCGCCACGUGCCGGUCGCCGUGCUCGACGCGCUCGUCCGCACCUCCGCGGACUCGCUCAGGGUUUUUGACUGCGCGGAGAGCAUCCUGCGCCCGAGCAGGAAUGACCUCAUGCUCCUCCUCUCCGCCACGCGCAACCUGCGCGUCCUUCGGUGUCCCAUCUGCUCCCCUACCCCGGGAGACAAAUACGCCGCCUCGCGCGCCGAAGUGCCCCUGAUGCCCUCGCUCGAGUCCCUCUCGCUCAUGUCCGUCUUCGUGAACGACUACCUCCCCCGCUCUCUCCCUUCCUCUCCGUCCCCCUCUUCUUCCUCUUCACCGUCCGCAACCCCCGCCCCGGUCCCCGAGCCCCGCCGCACCCCGUACCCCAUGCUCCGGCAGCUCAGCUACGACUCCAUCCCGCCCCCCUUCUACGACACCCGGUGGAACACCUUCCUCUCGCAGCACUGCGCCAACAUCACCUCCGUGCGCAUCGACUUCUCCCUCCCCGCCUACUCUCUACAGCGCGAAUUCGACCUGCUCGAGGAGCACUGUCCGCGCCUGUCCAAGAUCGCGAUCACGUUCGUCACGUGGGAGACGAUGAAGCCGAACUUUGUGUUGCCGGGGACGGUGAGGGAGCUCGCGCUGUGCUGCAAGGUGCAGGUGCCGCCGCCCGCGCAUGUGCGCGCUUUGUUGCUGGCGUUGAAGAGUCUGCGGGGCGGGAAGCUGGAGAUGGUCAGGUUGUGUUGUGGAGUUUUUGUUAGGGAGUUGAGAGAGAAUCAUGGGGAGAAGUUGAGGGAGGCGGGUGAGGUACUGAAGAAGAGAGGGGGCGCGUUCAGGGUGGAGGACGAGGAGGGCGGGCUGCUCAUUCCGCUCUAAACUCGUGUCGCGCAUAAAAUUGCAAGGCAUCCGGUGCUCGUAUCUCAUUUGUUUUCCUUCUGCUCAGGCUCUUAUUCUUGUUGUUUUGGUUGUUGCGCUCAACUUGUGGUCAUCUGUAUUUCUAGCCCCUUCCUGUAUUACUAUCUGCCUCCCCGUCCGUUCAUCGCACAAAACACGACUCGAUGCCCCCCUUUGGCAAUGUACUGCUUGCGCAAUGAUCAUCAUUGCACGC